UUUGCUAGAUUUUGUAGCCAAUUUCCAAGAAGUUUCGUCCCCGCUCUCGAGAGCCCAAGGCCCCAUGAGAAUAAGUGCUCGGGCAAUCCAAGGCUCACUCGAAAAGAUUCUCACCCAAUAAAAAUCCCUAUCCUCACACAACUCCACGUUAAAAUCUUUUUAAGAGCUCCCCAUCUUGUCAAGGUGGAGCAGAGAGAGAUCUACCAGAAGCCACAUUUCCAAGACUGCCGCACACCAAAACCCAAGCGAGAAGAAGAGAAAAGCCCCCUCAAUCCUAAAGCAAAAACGCCUCGUAUAAUCCCCGUACCAAAUCAGAAUUACCUCGAGUUCAAGGUGAUCUUUUUAUGCAUAAAACGGAAGGAAGGGAAGAAGCCGGCUGAGGUGCAGCUCAAGAAAAGCUCCAUGACCUUAUCAGUUAAAACUUUAAAAAAUCCCACAAUCUCUAUUACGGUGCGAGCCGGUAUAAAAGAAGACCCAGAAUCUGAGACACUUCGGCAAGGAAAGGGCAGUCCAUUGCCAGAAAAAAAAGAAAGAAAAAAAAGAAAGAAAAAAAGGUUUUUUAGAUAUUUUAAGCAUGUUCCGCCAUUACGUCCUCCCUCUCCCCCUCGCUGAGAAAAGUACCAUGCCCAAUAUGGCAUGGCCCAGAUGUCAGGUGUCGGCUUUAUGCUAGUAAAAUAGUGCACCACAGGGAGAGCAGCAGCGGCUAAAGGAACCCACCUUCCUUUGUUUUACAUUUUCCAAACUUGUUUUAAAGACACCCACUUCCCUAACCGGCCCCUCCCCUGUCUCACAGAGUCCAUGGAGGGGCUGUAGAGAGGUGUGGAGAAAUGGAGUCGGGAUCGAGCUCUCCGGCGGUCUCCGGGGCCGGCGGUGCCGGCGACUCCCUCCACGGGCUCAAGUUCGGCAAAAAGAUCUACUUUGAGGACGGGGCCGGGGGCGGCGGCGGCGGCGGCGGCGGGAGCUCCUCCUCCUCCUCCUCCUCCUCCAAGGCUCAGGAACCCGCGGCGCCGCCGCCGCCGCCGGCGAGGAAGGGGAAGGGGGCGGGGCAGGGGGGGCAGGGGCCGCCCAGGUGUCAGGUGGAGGGGUGCAAGGCGGAUCUGACGGGUGCUAAGGCUUACUACUGCCGGCACAAGGUCUGCGGUAUGCACUCCAAGGCUCCCAAGGUCAUCGUGGGAGGGCUCGAGCAGAGGUUCUGCCAGCAGUGCAGCAGGUUCCACCAGUUACCUGAAUUUGAUCAAGGAAAACGCAGUUGCCGCAGACGUCUGGCAGGCCACAACGAGCGGCGAAGGAAGCCACCUCCCGGGCCGCUGUUGUCGCGCUAUGGCCGCCUGGCCACCUCCUUCCAUGGUCCUUUUUUUUUUUUUACAAUCAUCUUUCUUUUUAAAGCUUCAGGCCUUUUAGAUGCUGUCCUUCUGUUUCUUCCAAGAGACCAUGAUUUCAUGCAAUUCUACACUGUUGCAGAAGACCCCAGCAGGUUCAGAAGCUUUCUUAUGGACUUCGGCUAUCCCCGUCUUCCAAGUAAUGCAAGAGAUGUGUGGCCGACCAUUAGGGCUGGCGAUCGGGUGGCUAGCAACCAAUGGCAGGGGGGUUUAGACCCUCCAACUAGUGCAGUUAUGGUGCAGGGCCCCCACCAAUACUUGCAGGGUUCUGCAGCGGGGGGGCUCUUCUCUUCAGCAGAGGUUCCGCCGGGUGAGUGUCUUUCGGGAGUCUCUGACUCCAGCUGUGCUCUCUCUCUUCUGUCAACUCAGCCAUGGGGCAGCAAUUCUACCAGAAACAGAGCUCCAGUGAUCCCAGCAAGCAGUAGCUUUGAUGGUGUCCCGACAGCUCAGUCAGUCGCCAACGAUUACAUGAACAGUCCCUGGGGUCUCAGGGGGCAUGGAGGUAGGAGCAGCUCACAUGAAAUCCAUCACGACAUAGGACUAGGACCGGUCACCGAGGCCGGUAGUAGUCAGUUUUCAGGCGAACUUGAGUUAGCUCUGCAGGGGAAUGGCCAAUGCCUGGACCACGGCUCAGACAGAGCAUACGACGGUUCAGGACAUGUGAUGCACUGGUCUCUGUAGACCGGUGGAUCUAUUCUGUUCCAAAAUUGUGGAUCGUGUGACCGUUUUGUUAUCUCCAAUGUUUUGGAUAUCGAUGACAUUGGCUAAAUCUCUAUGGUGGUCUUUUGUAAGAUCUUUCAGAACUUAAACUCAUCCAUUUGCUCUGUUUUGAACCUAGACCAUUAAAAGCACUAGUGUGUUGGAGGUGUUUUUGGUUAAUGUUUCAACUU